UUUUCAUCUCUAUCCCGCAAGCGUCACCCUAACUCAGCAGCAGCGGAUUAAGAGCAUCAAAGUGUCAAAAACGUAACAUUAUCACUAACUGGCGUAUUAAUUAAAUCCCCAUUAAAUUCGUUACUCUCUAAAAAGAUCACCUGUCCCUCUCCCCAAAUAAACAAAAUGCCUCCACAAAUCCAGAGAGACUCAAACAGAAAAGAAUACAGCGAAUAACUCUCACCGCUCUCUCUCUCAGAUCUAAAAGCAAACCCUAGCUUUCCUUUCCUUUCCUUUUUCACCGUCAUUCAAAACAGAUUGACUUCUUUUUUCUCUAACAAUUUCUCUAACAUUUCAUUCAUCCUUUGCUAAUUCAACGAACAAAUAGAAUCGCUUGUUCUCCGUUCUUCGUUUUCUAUAAUUUGUUACCUUUUGUUGCUGACUCGGAUUCUGUUGACAGCUGAUUUGGGCGGCAUUUCCAUCCGGUUGUCAGCUGAUCCGGCCGGCAUUUCCGAUUCCGCUGUGGUUCGUUGAGAAAUGCUGGAGUGAAUAGAGAGAGAGAGGAGAGAUGGAUGAUAGAGGAGGAUCAUUUGUGGCUGUGAGGAGGAUUUCUCAAGGUCUCGAGCGAGGAAAUAAUACUUGCCAUUCAACUUCUGCUGAGGCUGUGGCAGGAUCAGCAGCGUGGCUUGGCCGUGGUCUUUCUUGUGUUUGUGCACAAAGAAGAGAGAGUGAUGCUCGUCCAUCAUUUGAUUUAACCCCUGUACAGGAGGAAUGCUUGCAGAGGUUGCAGAGCCGUAUAGAUGUUCCCUAUGAUAGUUCAGUUCUUGAUCACCAGGAAGCUUUGAAGGCCUUAUGGAAUGCUGCUUUUCCUGAAGAAGAACUUCAUGAUUUGAUAUCCGAGCAGUGGAAGGAAAUGGGUUGGCAAGGAAAGGAUCCAUCAACAGAUUUUAGGGGUGGUGGUUUUAUAUCAUUGGAGAAUUUGUUGUUCUUUGCUAGGAAUUUUCCGAAGUCCUUUCAGGAUCUUCUUCAGAAGAGGGAAGGUGAUAGAUCAGUAUGGGAAUACCCAUUUGCUGUAGCUGGUGUGAACAUCACGUUUAUGCUUAUUCAGAUGCUUGAUCUUGAAGCAGUCAAACCACGAACACUGGUGGGAGCAACUUUCUUGAAGUUUCUUGCAGAGAAUGACUUGGCAUUUGACCUUCUCUAUUGCAUAACAUUCAAGCUUAUGGAUCAUGAAUGGCUUACCAUGCGCGCCUCCUAUAUGGACUUCAAUGUAUGUUUUCUUGCAGCAUAAAAUUCCUUUUAGAGAUAGGGAAAGACUUUAACACUACCAUGUUGCAUGAUUUACCAUUGGAUCUUGCAUACUAUCAUGAAAGUGUGACUGUUGGGGCAAUUUUGAGGUCUUGCAUAAAUGCUAUGAAUGCUGCACUUGAAAGUGUUCAGGAUGCACCGAGGCUCUUUAAGAUAUCAAUCAAAUUGAUUCUCUAAUAUCUGCGUA